AUGCCUGGAUUUGUUUCACCAUUAUCAAAAGAAGACAUUAAUCGUUUCUCCAGACAAUUAAUUCUCCGUGGAUUUGGUGUUGAUGCACAGAAGAAAUUAAAAAGUGGUAGUGCCCUAAUAAUUGGUGCAGGUGGCUUAGGAUGUCCAGUGGCUAUUUAUUUGGCUGCUGCUGGUGUUGGGAAGAUAGGAAUUGUUGAUCAUGAUGUAAUUUCUAUUGAUAAUCUUCAUAGACAAGUAGGACAUAAAGAAAAAAAUGUUGGAAUGAAUAAGAGUAUAUCGUUAAAAUCUUUUAUUGAAUCAUUAAAUCCAACAAUUGAAGUUAAAGCCUAUGAAACUUUGAUAUCAUCGAAAAAUGUCAAAGAAAUCAUGUCUGAGUAUGAUGUUAUAGGUGAUUGUUCUGAUAAUGUUGUUACAAGAUAUCUUUUAAAUGAUGCUUCUGUUUUGUAUAAGAAAAUAUUAGUAUCGGGUUCAGCAUUAGGAUGGGAAGGCCAACUAACUACAUAUAGUUAUGAUAAAAAUUGUCCCUGUUAUAGGUGUUUGUUUCCUGUUCCACCACCACCUGAAAGUGUUACAAAUUGUAGUGAGGGAGGCGUUCUAGGUCCAAUUGUAGGAGUGAUUGGUUCAAUGGAAGCUUUAGAAAUUAUUAAAAUUCUCAGUGGUUUAAAACCUAACUUUGCUGGAAAGUUAUUUUUAUUUGAUGGUAUGGAUGGAGUCACAAGAAAUAUUAAACUGAGAGGAAGAAAUAAUAAUUGUGUUGUUUGUGGUGAUGAUCCAAAAAUAAAAGAACUCAUAGAUUAUGAAGUUUUUUGUAGUGCAACGGCUACUGACAAAAUUUUGAGCAUCAACAUUCUUGGAGAAGAUGAAAGAAUUGGUGUUAAAGAAUUAGCUUCAUUGGAUGAAGAGAAUUAUGUUUUAAUUGAUUGUAGGAGCAAAGAAGAAUUUGAAAUUUGUCAUCUAACAAAUACAUUUAAUAUUCCAUUAAGAGAAAUUGACAAAAUUACUUUGAAAGAUAUUGAACAAAAGACAAAUAAAAAACCACAUAAUAUUUUUGUUAUUUGCCAUCGUGGAAAUGAUUCUCAGAAAGCUGUAGAAAAGAUGAAAUCAAAGAUAAAUGACAAAAGUAUUGUUUUGAAAGAUGUGAUUGGUGGAUAUGAAGCUUGGAAUCAGCUUAUAGAUAACCAAUUUCCUACAUAUUAA